AUGCGAGUUGUUUUGUUGUUUGGCUUUUGUAUACCAUGGAUUUCUGGACAAGAAAUAAAUCGAGAUUAUUCUCCUCUUUUGGAUAAAAAUACAUCAGCUGCCAACCCGGGUAUCUAUCUUCGAAUCAUGCCAAACGGGUUAGCUUACUUGAGAGAAGUGGGAAUGAAAGUCAUCAAUGAGCAGAUUCUGAAAUUACAAUUGCCCAACAUCAGAGAACCAAUCGAAAAUGGAGAAGUUUCGAUUUAUAAUCUAAUGAUGAGCAAGUAUUGGGCACCUCAAGAAUACUCAUUGGAUAUGUCGGAACCAAGUACAUUUGCCUGGAGCAUGAGUAAAAUGCACUUGAGAGCCGCUGGAGACUUCCAAGCAACUUUGAACAGCCCUCUUCUCCUUCCAACUGUACCCAUUACCGGUCAUUUUGAGGCUCUUUUGGGUCAUAUUAGUCUAUAUAUUACUGUUAAUAUGGAGAGAAACCCCCAUGGAGCACCUCAAGUGAGGUCCACAGGAUGUAGAAGUUCCAUUGGAUAUGUUGAUCUGAAUGUGAGAAACACUGGUGUUAUCACUGAUUUCUUUAUUAAUGCGUUCAAAGCAUUUCUGAUUGGAAAUUUCAAACCGCAAGUGGAACAGAAAAUGUGCAAAAUGAUCGAAUCAAUUAUUGAUAGAGACAUGAAUAUUCUGCUAUCAAACAUGCCAUUGAAGAUUCGAAUCAAUGAAAACAAUUUGGAUAUCAUUGGAGAGACGUUUGGUGUUGCUCCAAAAAAGCAUCAUCGAGCUGGAAAGCUAUCAAGCUUCAAUGCAAAGAAUAUCACUUUAACUCAUUUCGUUCAACGUCUCCGUGAUAAGGAAUUAGUUUUGGAUUAUCAAAUGUUGACUGCUCCAUUUGUUCAAAAUGGUGCUAUAAAUAUGCUAUCAAAAGGAGAAAUCUCUUGGAGAGGACAUGGAGGAACACCUUUCUUCCCUCCAAACAUCAGAAUUCCAGCUCCUCAUGGUGUCCACAUGAUUGAAUUUUAUGCAAGUGACUAUUUGGCUAACUCCAUGCUGUAUCAUUCGUAUAAACAACAUUUUUUGGAUGUAACUGUUGGUCCAGAGAGUUCUCCUCAACUUCAAGGAUUAUUGGUCACCACUUGUGGUCCAGCUGGAUUCUGCCUUGGAGAAUUCUUAGGAACACUCGGGGAACAGUUCCCAGAUCGACAAGUAGAAAUUGAGUUUUUCGCAAAGAAGGCACCACUGAUUGUUUUCAUUGAUAAUCGAUCCAGAUUCCGUCUUCAUGGUGGUCUGAAUAUGUAUGUGAGGCCAUCAAAACCAACACAAGUCAAGCAGCAGAUUUUGAAGGCAGACACAACAAUGACAGCCAAUGUCAAUUUAUGGAUCAACGGAUCCGUGAUCGUUGGAAAUUCAACAAUCGAAAAUUUGGAUUUCAAGCUACUCGAAACAAAAAUCAACGAUGUCGAUCAGGAUUCUUUCUCUGAUUUAGGAUUGUUUGGAGCAGAGUUCCUAGAGAAGCUUCUCACUGAAAUUCUUCAAAUGGGAAUUGCUCUGCCAACAAUGCAAGGGGUGAUACUGAAAAGUCCAAAACUGACAUUCCAUGACCGUUAUCUGAAAGUGUCAACAUAUUUCAAGCUAGACGAGGAAUACGCCGGAAGUUUAGUUAGAGGAGCAGUUGGAAAGACAUUACGUGGACCAUUGCGAUAG